UUUUCGCAUGACACCGCCCUUGUAGAACGCAUCGCGGGCCGCACGACCAAUACACUGGCAGAGUCAGUUGUGUAUCGGGUUCGAGUUGUUCGGGUUGUUCGUCGUCGGUCUCUAUCCUUUUCGCGGUUACGGGUUGCCACACUCGGACAUCACCGUGCGGCGGUAGUCCAUCAAUGAAUAAUCGCGCCGUUUGUCGCAUACUGAGAACCACUGACGUUCCGUAUAAUUCAUGCCAAGGCGGAGACAAGCGCUCCGUAGGUGUGUGAUGUGGUUCAAUUCGGAAACCUCCUCGACCGUCGCUCGGGGAUAUUCGGAGAUCGUACGCAAAAUAUGUGCCGGGAAUAAUGGUGGUAACGGCUCGUUAAUAACACGAGUAACGCGAACACGAUCGUAACGACGGAAGGUGCCGGUGAACGAGAGUCCGUGUUGUUCGGUGAUCAAUGAACUUUACGUUGCUGUAUGUUUGGGGCGUGCUGCCACUGUUACCUAUUAAGCCGGCAGACAUGACUACGUAAUAGGAAAUUACACGUAAAAUUUUCACUAGGAAAAUAAAGAUAACUGAUUGAUCUGCAGUUGAAGUUAGAUGACUAAAAAUGAAUGAUAUAGAAAGUUUAAGCAUGAAGGGCAGUGGAGGUUCUAAGAUGCCUCACAGUCAUUCGACUCCGGCAGGUGUGGAUGGGGGUAGUAGAACUCCUCCCACAACACCUAGAAAAGCUGGGAAAAUGCUCGCUGUUCGUGUACAAAUGUUGGACGAUACGAUUACAAUGUUUCAAGUUCAGGCGAAAGCACUAGGCAGGGUACUGUUCGAUCAAGUUUGCAAACAGUUGCAUCUUCUGGAAGCCGACUACUUUGGACUCGAGUAUCAGGAACCCAAUGGAACUAAGUACUGGUUGGAUUUAGAGAAGCCUGUUUGCAGACAAGUCGGACUUUCGUUGAUAGAUCCCCUUUUAAGAUUUUGCGUUAAAUUUUAUACACCGGAUCCGGCGCAGCUGGAGGAGGAGUUCACAAGAUAUUUAUUUUGCCUUCAAAUCAAACGAGAUUUGGCGCAGGGUUUACUGCAAUGCAACGAUAACACGGCAGCUUUGAUGGCCAGCUAUAUUGUUCAGGCGGAAUGCGGGGAUUACGUAAUAGAGGAUUAUCCGGAUCACACAUACCUAUCGACAUACAAAUUUGUACCUCAUCAAGAUCAAGAACUGGAACGUCGCAUCAUGGAGAAUCAUAAGAAACACGCAGGCCAAUCUCCAGCGGAAGCUGAUUUGAAUCUUUUGGAGACAGCGCGUCGUUGCGAACUGUACGGAAUGAAAAUGCAUCCGGCGAAGGAUCACGAGGGUGAUUCCCUGAACUUGGCGGUGGCACACAUGGGGAUCGUAGUCUUUCAAAAUUUCACGAAAAUCAACACGUUCAGCUGGGCGAAGAUACGGAAGAUCAGUUUCAAGAGGAAGCGAUUUCUAAUCAAACUUCAUCCGGAGGGAUACGGUUACUACAAGGAUACGGUUGAAUUCUUUUUCGAGGGUCGCAACGAGUGCAAAAACUUCUGGAAGAAAUGCGUGGAGAAUCACGGGUUCUUCCGUUGCUCUGUGGUGAAGCGAGUCGUACGGCAAAAGACGCGAGUUCUGAGUCGUGGUUCGUCGUUUAGGUAUAGUGGGAAAACUCAGAAGCAGAUCGUCGAGUUCGUGCGUGACAAUUACGUGAAGAGGCAAACGUUUCAGAGGUCCAAUUCGUUCCGGCAGACUAGCGGUGGUAGGGCAUUGCAGGGCUUGGAGGGGGGAGGCUAUCGUGGGGCCACUCCAAGCAGCUCCCUUAUGGGCAGCUCCAGCAUCUCUGCCCACCCCCUCCUGCCCCUCGGCGAUCCUGCCCUGGAAACCCCAGCUCUGUCUCUGUCAUGCGGCUCGAUGACACUGGAUUCUCCGACGACUGUGACGAGUGUCUCGAUGGGAGGGACGAUUCACCGUCGCGACGACACAGCUACAUCGUUUCGGACUCUUACGUCCAUCGACGUCCAUUCGCCGGCCACCCCCAGCCAGGCACCAGCGUCGCGGCAGCAACAGAUGCUUGUUACCAGCCAUCAGCGGAUUUCAUCAGCAGGUCGUAUCAGCCCCUCUAACAGCAGUCCCCCUGAAUUCCCACCGCCGCGACCCCAGCCCCGACAUCCCUGGCAGCGAUCGGCGAGCUGCCGCGAACUGUACGCGUCCAGUUUCGAGGAUUCAGGUAGAGCGCGUACACGCGAGGACGAGAAACCGUCCGUCGGCGACUCGGUCCCGUUGUUAGAGCCGUUCCGGUUGCCGUCGCAGGGCGAGCUGGACAAUCCGGUGACGCGGUACGACGAGAGCAAUCGGUCGUACAGCGCCGCCAGCUCGAAACUGCCCUCGUUGGACCACGACUCGGUACCGGACCGCGUCUACAGCAGUUCCUAUCCGGGUACCUCGUCGCUGUCCACCGAAUCCGGCCACGAGGAGUCCGGCCCGGCGGGAGAUCUGUCGCACGACGAUCUCUCGCACGAUUCGUACGAGCUUCUGGAACGCGAGCACGAGUUUGAGUACCCGGAGUCGUACUCGAGCCCGCGGGACGAGAUCGAGGCGAUCUCCGAUCGCAGCGACGAAGGGAUCGAGCGCGAGAUGUUCCAAAUGGACGCCGAAACCGAUUCCUUCGUCAAGCAUCGAUCGGUGCGCGCCUCGGACAAACAGCAAUUCAAAUCCGUGCUCGCCGACCUGAAGGGCCAAGCGACUCGAACCAAAUCCAUCGAUCGGUACACGACGGUCGCCGCGAAAUUCGACCCCGAGUACGUCACCGUCGAGUCCAGGAUCCAACGGUCCAGCACGCAGAUCGAACGGAAGUUCGAGACGCGUCACGCGAACUCCGUCGAUCCGCAGACGGUGGUGCAGCUGCAGCAACAGCAGCACCAACAGCAGCUGCAACAGCAGCUGCAGCAGCAGCAGAAGAUCGUGAGCAAGCUGCUGCCUCACCAGGACUCGGCGCGGAAAGAUCCGAUCGUGUCGCAGAUACAGAAGCAAAAGAUGUCCGUGCUUAAUGAGCUGAAGAGCUUGAGGCCGAAGUACCGUAUCACGCACGUCGACUCGGAGGUAUUGCGGGACGAGGGUAUAAUGCGGCCGAAAUCGCGGAUAGACGACGACGAGGCGAGCCCCGUCGAGUCCUCUAGGUCGGCGGUCGCGGCCGAUCGACGGGCGAGAACGGUGCGCGCCCGCAGCAUCGCCAGUCUCGAGGAUCACGUCGCGUCGUGCGUUCACGUGAACACCGGUAGCUUGGGCAGGGAGUUGAGAAACCGCGAGAAGAAGCUCCGCGAGACCGAGGCCCGGCUCGAGUCGACAUUUUCUAGGUUGCAGGAGAAAGAGCGUAAGAUGAUCGCGGACAGGGAGUAUCGUAAACGCGUCGAGAGGGAGUAUUCCAGUGGCGACUGGAAGAAGGAGUGGUUGGUCGGCGGAACGGCGUCUUCGGACACCAGGGAACGACGUUCGACGGAGCGACUGGACUCCCGCGAGGGUCGCAGGUCCUCCGAGCAUCACGUUCGUCGGAGCAUCGAUCGGAUCGACCUGAGGGAGCUCCGCAGGAGCAUCGAGAGGCUGGACGUGCGCGAGAGGAGUUACGAGCGGCUGGACUCGAAGGAGAGGAAUUCCCGUCAGAAUCCGUGCGAGCUUCGCCGCAAGAGCUACGAGCGGCUGGACUCGCAAGGCCUGCGCGGCAGCACCGAGUACUUGAACAAGAGCCCCAAGGAGAGGAGCGGCGGCGCGGGCCACCGUCACGUGGACCGUCGCGAGAGGAGCACGGAACGAUUGGAUUCGAGGGAGAAGCGGCGGGGUCUGCCCCCCAGGAGCAACACCGUGGACUACAAUCAGAGGCACACGUGGGAGAGGUUCGAGAUGGGCCACAAGGGUCCGUUCGACAGAUCCUCCGGCAGAGAGCAACAGCGGGGCAGGAGCGUCGAGAGGUUGUACUCGCAGGAGAGACCGAGCUUCGACUUCACGCCGGUCUCGAUCGAUCGGCUCGAGUCGUUGGAGCGCCGCGAUUCCAAGGACAGAAGCGUGGGCGUGCACGAGAGGCGGUCCGAGUCGAGGGGCGGGGACAGGAAGUCCCUCGAGAGGAUGGAGUCCCGCGAACGGAGGCAGCACGUCGAGAGGAUGGAUUCGUGGGACAGCAGGAACAGGCACGCCUCCGGGGCGGACGCGUGGGAGAGGGGGCGGCAGGCGGAGAACGCGCGGACUGGGCGGAGCCUCGAGUGUAUCGAGCAGGAGGCGUACGAGUGGAGGCGGGACAGCGUCGAGAAGGUCGAGUACAAGGAUACGAGGAAGGGGAAAGCGGGCGCGACGCGGCUCGAGAGAGGCAAGUCCGAGGAGAAGCCCCGGGAGAGAGACGACUGGCGUAGCCUGGAGAAAGCGCGGAAGGACGAGGAGAAACGCGAGAGGGAACGCGAGCGUGAAAGAGAGCGGCAGACGAGGCUGUCGAUGGAGUCGAGGACGGACACGGUGAUCGGCGUGCCGAUGGAGAUGGAGAACCUGAAGGCCAAGACCGUGUUCGAGGAGUACGAACCGAAGAUCGUCGGGGGCGUGGUCUUGGGCUUCGACGACACGAUCCCCGGCCACACCCCCGUCGAGCGAACGAAGAGCGACCCGAACCCCGCUCGACAGAGACUCGGCUCGAACAGCAAGCGUCACAUCCUGAUGCACCAGAAGUCGAUCGACCUGACGCCCGCCGAUUCGGGCGACGAGGACCCAUUCUCGGACAGCGCGGCCAUGCAGAAGGCCAACGUCGAGAUACCGUACACGUUGCACAAGCGUCACGUGAUGAACGGCACCGCCUCCGACGAGAAGUCCGAGUCGGACAGCGGCAAGACCACGAAGAAGCCGGCCCCGCCGAAGGAUCUGCCGAAGCUACCUCUGAAGAUGAUCACGGACAUCACGUGCUUCGACCUGUCGAAGCUGUCGCCGGUGGACAAGUCGGCCGGCGGGAAGGUCUCGUCGCCGGACAAACCGAAGGCGGCCACGCCCACGCGACCGAAGUCCAUACUGAUCAGCCCGUCGGACAAGCCGAAGAGCAUCCUCAGCCCCACCUCCAAGUUGUCGCCCACCGACGCGAAGAGCCUGGUCUGCGGUCUGUCGCCGACGAGCAGGAGCCCGUCGAAGGUGGGCUCGAAGACCGCCUCGCCGGAGCCCAGACAGGCGUCCAGGUCCGCGUCCUUCGACAGAGGCAGGACCGAGAUCGCGAUGGAGGACCGCGUCUGCGUCAAGUCGUCCAGCCUCGACAAGAGACCGUCGCCGUCCAAGCUGUCCCCGAUCGAGCCGAACGUGACCAUCGUGUCGGCGAUCAAGAAACGCUCGCCGAAGGUGUCGCCCACAGACCCGGACAAGACCAUCGUCUCCGUGAUACAGAAGAAACGUUCGCCGGACGGGGGUACCGGCCUGGUGACCGGGCAGAGGUCGUUCGACUCGAGGACGACCGGCAGGCCGCUGAACCUCGCGGACGUGGUCGGCCUCGAGAUGAAGAUGAAGCUGGAGCGUAAAGCCAAGUCCGAGGUCGAGAAGGACAGCCUGAGGACACCGGAGGUCAGUCUGGAGAAGCAGGACAGCAUCGAGAAGAUACCUCUGCCGGAGAUCCCCGCGCCGGCGCUUGACGAGCACGCCGUUCCCUCGCCGGCGGAGGACGCGUCGAAGGCAGCGAAGCCGGCGAAACCACCGAAACCAGCCAAGUCGGCGAUCGAACGGCGAGAGAAGGACUCCGUGGUGCCGCCGCCCGUUCCCAGCACGCCGCCGACCGUCUGCGAGAAACCGAAGGUCCCCGAGAAGCCGAAGAGCCUGGAGAAACCGAGCAUCCCGGAGAAGACGAAGCGCAUCCUGGAGAAGAUCGAAUCGAAGUUCUCCGAGGCGAACCGGAACUCCGCGACGAGGAUCGCCCGGCCGAAGAUCAUCGACACCGGCUUCGACGACUUCGUGGACCCGGUGGCCGACCUGCCGCUCGACGAGGUCCCGGUGAAGCCGGCGCUCGAGCUGGACAGCCUGAAGGUGCCGGAGUUCGUUCCGUUCGCGUCGAGGCCGCACGGCGAGCCGCUCCGCUCGAAGUCUCUGUCCCUCGCCGAGGAGAAAGCGCCGAUCGACACGCUCCUCUCGCCGGAGGUCGAGAACAAGCACUUCGUGACGGACGUCUCGCCGAAGCGCGCGAGGCGGGUCAAGUCCGAGACGAAGAAGGACUUCAAGAAGCAGUCGAAGUCGCUGGAGGGGGACAAGCCGCCGCUGAAGAAGGCCGCGUCGAAAGAGUCGCGCGCCCCGACCGCCGGCGCCUCGAAGAUCGACAAGUCGAAGCUGAAGCUGGGCGAGAUGCCGCAGGAGAUCAUCAUCAUCGACUCGACGGACGUGGUGCCCGAGGUGAGCAUCGUGCAGAAGGCCAGGUCGAAGUCGGUCACCAGGCUGUCGGAGAAGGCGCACUCCGCCUCGAAGGAGGAGAAGGACGAGGCUCCCAAAGGUCGAGCCAAGUCCGCGUCGGUCGACGACGACCUGAUCAAGGCGGCGGCCGCCGCGAAGAUGGAGAAGGCGCGGCCCAAGUCGCUCGGCAUCUCCAAGAGCCUCGGCAGCACCGAGAAGAGGGACUCGACGGAGAAGAUCUCGCCGAAACGGACGAUCGCCGUGAAGGCGGUCUCGAAGAUCGCGGACGCUAAGCUACCGCCCCUGCCGAAGGAACCGCCCAAGGAACCGCCCAAAGAGUCACCCAAGGAACCGCCCAAGGAGUCGCCUAAGGACCCGCCCAAGACACGCAAGUCCGACGGGGACGCCGAGCGACAGCCGUCCGAAGCUGUUCGAGCGGGAACCAACGAGCUGGAGGCGAAGUGGGAGGUCGAGCCUCCGGAGGAUCAACAGCGGAUCGACGCUGGUAAAUCAUCGGAAUCCGGUAAAGCGGGCGAGCCGAAGGAUUCGAAGAAGAGCCCCGUGCCUCAAGAUCUGCCGCAGUCGUCGGUGGUCCUGCGGAAACCCGGUCAGACACCUGUAUUGUUCGCCAGGGCCCGUUUGGGUCUGUCGGAAGGGAGCGGCAUCGGCGCGUUGCAGAGGCAAGGCGCGACCCAGUCGCCCACCUCGCAGAGGAGGGCGAAGUCGUUGGACGCCGCGGUGAUCGCGGUGCACAGGUUGCCGCCGGCGAACGCGUUCUCCAGCAAGGACGACACGGUGGACGUUUCCGAAGACCGGGAAGAGCAGCAGGAAGGCCAGGAGGCUCGCGCGCCGACCGGCGCCGCGGCGUCCAAGCAGCAGCAGUCGAUGCAGAUCGAAGCGUCGCCGAACCACAGAUCCGACAGCACCGACCACACCACCAUCCCCGAGAUCUUCACCGACUCGCUCUCCGUCACGGAGACGUCCGCGCAGUACCUGGAGUCGCCGCUCACCGAGUGCAACGAAAUCGCCGUGACCGUCGACCCGAUCCCCUUCGAGAGAGACGUGGCGGGAAUCGCGGACACCGGGAUUGAGAGAGAGGGCAGGGAGCCGACCACCGCGCUGGAGACGGUCAAGGUGGACGACGGUACCAAGUUCAUCGAUCAGAGCUCCGUGGAGUCGGGUGCCGAGCAGGAGAUCGCCUCGGACGAGCCGGAGAUCGUCGAGUCGCCGAGCGCGAGCAACACCACGGAAGGACCCUUGUCGAGAGUUGGCGCAGAACUCGUGCAGACUCCGUCGGGAUUGAUCGAGGAUAAGAUCCAGGAGGUCGUCGAGGAGAGGGUGGAGGCGGAGGUCAUACGCGAGGAUUCGAAGCCGCCUACGGAAUGGGAGGAUCUCCCGGACGUGACGGUGACGGUGAGUGCGGCGAGAGACGACGGCGAGGCGACCGACUACGUCGGCAGGCCGCUCGACCUGGACGACGGCCAGGACAUGGUCAAGUCCCCUAUACAGAUCUCCAUCGAGGAGUGCUCGGACGACGAGGCGGGCCACAGCGAGGAGCAGGACGACGACUACCGCGACGCUGAGGAGCAGGACACGGACAACCGUCCGCUGGACGACACCAGCGAGGACACGUUGGACGCGUUGGACGCGCUGGACGCGCUGGACACGCAGCUGCGCGGAAGGGGCAUGGACAGCGAGCCCAGCUCGCCGGACUACGGUGUCGAUCGGAUGGACGAGAAGACUCUGGUCGAGGUCGAGCUGACGCCCGAGUAUCUCGAAGCCAGGAGAGGCGAGGAGGAGGAGGUGCCCGCGGAGGAGCUGCCGGAGGACGAGCCGACCGAGGAGAGUUACGGGUUGAAACGACAGUCGCCCACGACCGUCGCGACGGUCGACCGGUUGUCGAUCGACAAGAAGCUUCGACUCAGCAGCGAACGAUCGAGGAGCGAGGAGACGAACACCUGGACGCCGGACCGAGAGGAUCCCGAGUCGAGCUCGUGCUCGAUCGCCCGCCCCCUGGGAAUAGGGCAGAUCCAGCCGAUCGUGGAUCGAAGGGAGUUGGCGGCGAUGAGAGAGGCUCGCGGCGGCACCGGCUCGUUCGGUUCGUUCGGUUCGUUGGAGGAGGAGGCCGAAGGCGGGGCCCAGCCGGGCCCUCGGCCCGACGCCGGCUCCGCGUGGAAGUCCUUCCCGCUGGAGAGCUCCGGCAGCUCGAGCAUCGAGGACGGCUGGCCCGCGCAGGACGAGAGCAACGCGGUCCAAUCGCAGUCCGAGGACAGCAACGGGCAGAACGAGGACAGCUUCCAGGAGGAUCUCGCCGAUUUUCCUGGCAGCUUCGUGUACCCGAUCGGGCCGGACAUCUUGACCAGUUGCGGCACGUUCGCGCUGACGCGGACCCUCUCCAGGAUAUCUGAGAGGUCGACCACGUCGGAGCAGGACAAAAGCGACUUGGAGGACUCGUUCAAGCCGAGCUCGAGGUCCCCGAGCUUGGACGACGAGUCCCUGAUGUCCAGCGACCACCAACCGUCCCUUUCCUCGGACCCGCCCUCCGGGACCGCGCUCCCGUCCGUCUCGGACGACCGGCGGACCUCGUCCGAGCUGCCCGACAUCCCAAUCGACGUCCCCGUCGCCGGGCUCGCCGGCGCGGAGGAGGACGCGAGGUCCCCGAAAUCCGCCAGCAGGCCGAAGCUGUUGACGCAGAGCUCCGACGACUGGCCGUCGCCGCCCAGCUCGCCCGUCUUCGAGCCGGCGGUGGUCAGCCACGUGGAGACCUUCUACAUGGAGAUCAAGCCCGAGGAGGCGGUCAAGGUGACCGUCACCGACAGCACCGACACGCCCGGCCGCGUCGACCACGACAGCGACUCCAGCGACGAGAACCGCACCCUGCACGACGAGGACCUGCAUUCCACCCUGUUGGAGGACGGGCAGAGCUCCACCUCGGGUACCACGGUGGACGGCACCGUGAAGAUCGCCGUCAAGCCGAAGUCCAACUCGUACAUCACCGGCUCCUCCCACAGCGAGGACACCUCGAUGGGCUUGUCCAUGUCCGAGUGGUCCAGCUCGAACAACACCGUCCGCCAGUACUGCCAGUACUCCGGCGGCACCAAGUCCGACGACAACUCUCUCGCGGAGUUGGGCCAGUCGAUCUCCGACUGGUCCGGCAGCACCACCGUCAUCCCCCAGCAGUACUACUCCUCGAUCGCGGUCGAGAAGAGCCAGAGCGACACCACCACCUCGGACAAGAGCGUGACCAGUGGUGAACAGAACAAUCGUUGGAGCUACGCGAACGGCUACGUGAACUCGCCGGCUUGGCACGUGCCACUGCGCGUGGCGCAGAUUCGUAACGUAAUGGUUCACGCAACGCCACGCACCCUCACCAAUCGGUUCAUACCGGCAUACCCACGUUGA